AUGGGCCGAAGGGUGAUGGAACUCAAUCAGGUCAGCUAUUUCAUAAACUUGGCUGCGACGCUGAACUUUACCGAGGCAGCUCGGCUGAGUGGCGUAUCGCAGCCAAGCCUGACCCGCGCUAUCCGCCGACUAGAAGAGGAACUAGGCGGUGCGCUGAUCUAUCGGGACGGAAAGAACAGCCGCCUCACCGGACUGGGCCAGGAUGUCGAAGCGGAGUUCCGGCGAAUGCUCUUCGCCCUGAAAAGCGUGCGCGAUCAUUCUGAGAACUGGACGAUGGGGCGGCACCGGGUGCUGGACAUCGCCGUGGCGCCAACCGUCAGUCCAAAAGCGUUUGGGACCUUUUUCGAAGGUGCCUUGGAUAAGGUGCCCUCAAUCGAGAUCAGACUGCACUCGCUUCAGUCGAGCGAGGACACAUCGGAAGUAUUAUCGGGGAG